GAAACGCGACACGUGGGGGCACGUGCAGAAUAUAGGUAUAAAACCCUGGACCGUCGAACAGAACAGUACAAUCGUUUCAGAGCUCAGCAACAGCAAUCAACCGGGAAAAUACAAUUUUCAAGAAAAUUCAAUCAUGAAAACGUGUCAAUUCAUCGCAGCUUUGAGUAUGGUGGCCGUGUGUGCCGUAGCCGUGCCCAUCUUUGUCGAUGGAGGUCAGAGGGGCAACAUAGCCGAAUCCGGAGAAUCAUAUGCACCAAAAGAUUACAAGUUCGACUAUGCAGUGCACGAUCCCGACACUUACGACGUGAAGAGCCAAUGGGAAUCGAGAGACGGCAAUGUCGUUAAAGGGGCCUACAGUGUCUUGGACCCUGAUGGUGCCAUGAGACUGGUCGAAUACACCGCCGACCCCGAGACUGGAUUCAACGCCGUGGUCAGCAGGUCUGACAGCGGAAACACAGCCUACAGAAAGCCCAGCAACGACGCUUUUGACUUUUGAAAUCCAUUUUUGCCCAAUAAUUGAUUGUUCGGUCCAAUUCAAAUAAAUAUACUCGUUAUACGCUCCAUGUGUAAUGUAUUAUUUUUAAGAAAUAUUGUUAUUUUUAUUAUAUAAGCGUGUGUGAUUA